AUGGCGCUGAAUUUGCUGUUGGGUAAUGAUCGUCGAAGGGUGCUUGUGUCUCACUGUAAUGUGGACGGUAGCUUUCUAAUUCACCACAUCAUUAAAGACUUUCUUAGUAGUAACUCUUACAAAGUGGUGUUGGUUGGAUUGUGUCAGACGUUCACUCACUACAAUGUUGCCGCACAAAAGUUGGGCGUAGCGUUAACUAAAGCAUGUCAACAGGGGCAAUUGGUGUUCAUCGAUUGUUUGAGCCGUUCUGCUCUAUCAGAUAAACAUGAGAAACUAGGAACAGUCGAGAUUGAAAAAGGAAGAUGGGCCGUGCCGCUAGACAUGGCACGUCCACUAGAAGCAAUUGGUCAAUUGAUUUCAUCUCAACUUGAUCAAAAUGUAGAGGAGACGUCACGUCGUAAUGUGAUAAUCAUUGAUGAGUUGUUAGUAUUGUUAAGCGUCGAUUUGGGCAGUAGAGAUCUGAUUAGUUUCUUGACUUGCUGUGAGCAGAUGACUCAAUGCGACUCAGCCCGAGUGCCCCGGCAAGGAAGUCUCGUCUACUUUCUCCGCUGUGAUUCGGAUGUCGACGACGAAGAGGCGAAGAGCUUGCUGCUACACUUACGCCACCGUUCUAACCUGCACGUUCAGCUAAGUGGCCUCAACACUGGCUAUAGUCAGUUGGUGCAUGGUAACAUCGUCGUGGAAAGAAAAGAUUGUAUUCAAGUCGUGCCAGGGAAUAGUCACUGGACUGAAAUGCACUACAGAGUGCUUGAUAAAGGGCUAAGUGUCUUUCCUAAAGGUAUGGUGCAUGUGAUAUGAAACUAUGAAUACUGAAUUUUUAAUAUUGUCAAGAAUACUGAUUUGGUUAUAUCUAGUCAAAUUGACAUGAAAAUGAUUCAAACGUA